AUGGAGGCAGAUCUUGUGGUGUACGCGCGCGAUGCCGCGGCGCGCGGCGACGACCUCUUCGCGCUGCUGUCGGUCGACGCCACGAGUAGCGAGUCCGACAUCCGCCGCGCCUUCCGCCGCAAAGCCCUAACGGCCCACCCCGACAAGGCCGGCGACGCCUACGACCCGGCCCUGUACGAGCGGCUGGAGCGCGCGCGCGACGUUCUGGCCCUCCCGGCCGCCCGCGAUGCCUACGACAACGGCAUGCGCGCCGUCCUGCAGAAGCGUGCCGCCCUCGACCAGAUGUCGUCGCGCCGCCGCCGCCUCGUCGAGGAGCUCGAGCAGCGCGAGGAGGAGGCCAAGCGCGCCCGCACCGGCGCCGCCCCCGGAGCAGACCGGGCCCAGACCGCCGAGCGCGAGGCUAUGGCAGCCCGCGGCCGCGCCAAGCUCGACGAGAUGAAGCGCCUGCGGAGAGAGGCCGAGGAGAGGGCGGCGGCAGCACAACAGAAGGAGGAGCAGAUGAGGGAG